AUGAGACUCAUCGCUUUCAGUGGUCUUUUUAUAAGUAUCUACCUUCUACAGUGUGUUACUUUGGUUACUUGCUCUCCUAAUGUGAACUCAGCGUUUCAAGCGGUACAAUGCCCUGAUACACAACUCAUCAGGGAAGCAAAAUCCUCAUUGAGUAGAGAGGAAAGUAGAUAUGUAGCUAGCCGCCAACUCCUUAUGAGAGGCAGUGUGGAAGAAUUUAUAAAGACUACUGGUGUGAGAACUUCAGAUGUCGCCAGUUUGUCUUUGUUAGCUCAGGGACCGAUCAAUGUAGGACUUGCGAUAUCCGGCGGAGGUCUUCGAUCUAUGUUAAUUGGGUCAGGUUUCAUGUUGAAGAUGGAGGAAUACGGUUUGCUGAAUUCGGUCAAUUAUGUCACUGGAACAUCAGGAGGGAGUUGGAUUCUUGCCAAGUUGGCCCUUAAUGACUUUAGGAUCAGCUCCUUAGGAGAGUGGAAUAUCAGUGAAAGCAUUUUGAGGGGCGUUCCCGACACAAACGUUUCCGAAAGUAGCGUGGUGACUAUGCUAGAUGUGGGGGACUUGAACGAACUUUUCACCGCAGACGACUGGUUUUAUGAGAAGCUUUCGCAUGUCUCAAGACUUUGGGAUAGAAGUACAGAGCCUAUGCUAAAACAAGUGACGCCUUUUGACGACUUCUAUCUGCGGCUAGAAGAGCAACUUGUCGCGAGAACUGGAAUAUUGGAAAAAAGAGGACCCGAGGUUUUUAGUAAGAUCAAAAACGUUGUGCACAAGUUUUUUGAUGUUACAAAAGAGGUUGAUUCCAAUGUUGAAAAAUUUGUCGACUCGUCUCGCAACUUCGCGGAGAUCUUACAGUUCUAUGUAGACCUGCAUCGUACUGUCAGGACCAAAAAGCUAAAUGGCUUCCCGCUAUCCUUCACGGACUAUUGGGGACAUGCUUUGAUCAAUGGGAUGGCUUCUAAAGCUGGUCAAGCUUCACUGUCAGCGGUUAUUGGCGACAGCAAACGGUUCCGAGAGUUCAAGACUCCAUUUCCCAUCUUUGUAGCAAAUUGCAAGAAUAACAACCUGCGACAUGCCGUAUUCGAAUUCACGCCUUUCGAAUUUGGUUCAUGGACUAAUCUGAGACUAUUCAUGAGCUUAAAAUUUCUAGGAUCCACUAUGGUGGCGGGUGAGGCGAAAAAGUGCUACAAUGGUUUCGACGAAAUCAGCUUCAUCACUGCCACGUCCUCUUCAAUUUUCAACAAUGUAUUGAUGUGCAUAUGGCAGUUGAUAGCUCCAACCAUACAAACUCGAAAGGCCAUAGGCGCCAUUCUUAGUGCUUUCAGCAUAGGGUUCGAAAAGUCGAGAAAUGGAACUUCUUCCAUAUCAUCAACUACACCACGACCGGAAUAUGCAAUCUACCAUCCCAAUCCUUUUUACCAAUACCCGGGAAUUGAGGAUGAUGUACUCACGAAGGAUAGCCGUCUGUACCUUGUUGACGGCGGAGAAGACGGACAAAACAUCCCAAUUGGACCAUUGCUGAUUCCAGAGAGAAAGCUCGAUGUGAUUUUGGCAUUGGAUUCAAGCUCUGAUACCCAUGGAUUUCCAAACGGGUCUAUGUUGCAUAACUUCUAUCGUGACAAUUACAUUGAUACAUUUGAAGACACUUUUGACCACAAUCCCUCGGCUUUCCAGACUCUACCAUAUAUUCCCACAAGCAAGGAGUUCGUUGAAAAAGGACUAUUGUCCCGUCCGGUUGCAUUUGGAUGCUACCUCUCCAGUUAUCCUGACUCGAUUACAGAUCCAAACUUUAAUUCGACGUCUUUGGUCCUACCCCCAAUUAUACUGUACCAUGCAAAUGCCGAGCAUUCUUUCAGUGCAAAUGUAUCCACCUUCAAGCUCAGGUAUACCCACACCGAAGUUGAACAAAUGCUGAACAACGGUCGAGACAUUUUCAGUUUUGAUUCCAGUCCCAAAUAUAAGAGAUGUUUGGCAUGCCUCUUGGUCAAAAGAGCACACGAUCGCAAACUACUUCAAGCAGAGGAGAACACAUUGCCAUUCUUUUGCGAAGUCUGCUUCAGUGAAUACUGCUACAAUUGA